CUCGCCUUUGAUAUCACUCGCCAGCAGCCCCUCGCUUGGCUCCUUGACAUGAACACCAUAUAAGGCGCAGCGAUCUCCAUAGAAACGUGUCAGUUUCAAUAGUAGUGUCAAAGUUCACUAUAUACAGACAUUCGCGCAGAUACCCGUUUCGGAAACAUUGCUCUGCUGGUCUUCCCGUUUAAACGCAUUCAUUUUUGGGUCUCUCCUCCUUGCAUAUUCUAUUAGUUGUUUUUUUCCCUUUCUCUUUUUUUUUAUCUUUUCUCUUUCGCUCCGUUCCUGCUGGAGAGGUGAAACUACAGGGGCACUUCAGCGACGUUAUUAUUAUUUUUUUGUUGCUGUUGUUGUUGUUUUUGUUCCAGAUGAGUUUUAUUUAAAAGACAUAUAUAUAUAUAUCAGAGAGAAAAUUCCGAUCUUCGUUUUUUUUUUUCUUCUACUUCCACCAGUCAAGACUGGAGUAAAAGGAGCCGGGAAGAAAGAAGAGGAUUUAUUUUCGCCAUACUUUGGAUCGCGUGUUUUUUUUUUUUAUUUAUUUCUCUGCUUCUCAGUGAAUCCGUCCUGCCUACUAUUAGGCUAUUUUAAAGCAAACUCUGUGAUCUGUAAGCUCUCGUUCCCUCAUUUUCCAAGAUAGCUUUCCUGAAUGGCUGACUGCAAUUUACCUUGGAACUGGCCUCCCGAUACUUGCAUAUCCUGAUCGGGUGCCUUUCCUCUCGCCACUUCGAAUUUGAAUGUAUUGAUCGUCCAUUUCUCCCACUUUGUCUUAUGUGAUCGCCUGCUCCGGCUUGACUUUGCGCUCCCCGUGUCUGAAAUCUCGUUUUUUCCCCCCUCUCAAAACCCCCAGCGAUCCGCUCGCUUUACAGCACUUUUCGGGCCCGAGAUAUGGCAAUGGUAGUUAGCGUCUGGCGAGAUACGCAGGAAGACGUGGCCGGAGGAACUCCGAGCGGCCCGAACCCAGUAGCACAGCCGGCGAGGGAGCAGCAGCAGGCGGCGUCCGGAGCCCCGCACACUCCGCAGACACCAAGCCAGCCGGGACCCCCGUCAACGCCAGGCACCGCCGGGGACAAGGGGCAGAGCCAGCAGAAUUCAGGACAGAAUCAACAGCAUAUUGAAUGUGUGGUUUGUGGGGACAAAUCCAGCGGGAAGCACUACGGUCAGUUCACCUGCGAGGGCUGCAAAAGUUUCUUCAAGAGGAGUGUCCGAAGGAACUUAACGUACACAUGCCGUGCCAACAGGAACUGCCCCAUCGACCAGCACCACCGCAACCAGUGCCAGUACUGCCGACUGAAGAAAUGUUUAAAAGUGGGCAUGAGGCGGGAAGCGGUUCAGCGAGGAAGAAUGCCUCCGACCCAGCCGAACCCAGGGCAGUAUGCGCUGACGAACGGGGACCCCCUGAACGGCCAUUGCUAUCUCUCCGGAUACAUCUCGCUAUUGCUGCGGGCCGAGCCCUACCCGACCUCUCGCUACGGGAGCCAGUGCAUGCAGCCCAACAACAUCAUGGGGAUCGAGAACAUCUGCGAGCUGGCGGCUCGCUUGCUCUUCAGCGCCGUGGAGUGGGCCCGGAACAUCCCUUUCUUCCCCGACCUGCAGAUCACAGACCAGGUGUCUCUGCUCAGGCUGACUUGGAGCGAGUUGUUUGUGCUGAACGCGGCGCAGUGCUCCAUGCCCCUGCAUGUGGCCCCUCUCCUGGCGGCGGCCGGCCUCCACGCCUCGCCGAUGUCCGCGGAUCGGGUGGUGGCGUUCAUGGACCACAUCCGCAUCUUCCAGGAGCAGGUUGAGAAGCUCAAGGCCCUGCACGUCGACUCCGCAGAGUACAGCUGCAUCAAAGCCAUAGUGCUGUUCACAUCAGACGCUUGUGGCCUGUCAGAUGCUGCUCACAUCGAAAGCCUACAGGAGAAGUCUCAGUGCGCCCUAGAGGAGUAUGUGAGGAGCCAGUAUCCCAACCAGCCCAGUCGCUUUGGCAAGCUGUUGCUGCGGCUGCCCUCUCUGCGCACCGUCUCCUCAUCGGUAAUCGAACAGCUUUUCUUCGUCCGCUUGGUAGGUAAAACUCCGAUUGAAACCCUCAUCAGGGAUAUGUUGCUGUCUGGAAGCAGCUUCAAUUGGCCUUACAUGUCCAUCCAAUGACGAGAAGGAGAGAGCGUUCAAAGAGGACCAAAACAGAAAGCCCCAACUCGAGCAAGAGGAGAGUCCCGCGAGUCCAUAUAUAUAUACAACACACAGGCUCCUGUAUAUAUAUAUAUGGAGCUCAGAUGAACAAUUUGGAAGGACCUCGCGAUUUGAGCUCUAGAGAACAUGGAAUCCGGACCAUCGAGUACUUUUUUUUGUUUUUUGGUUGGUUUUUUUUUUCGGGAAUGGGAUGGAUAUGUUCUGUACAGUAAUUAAGGAACUGGACUGACUCCUGUGUAAAUCCAUUCACCCACAACAAGAACAUUGCUCUUCAUUUUGUAAAAUAUUAGUCUUUAUUUUCAUUUUUGUAAAAAAAAAAGAAAACUUAAAAAAACGAAACACAUCGUAUGCGCAUUAAAAAAAAGAAUCAAGACUUAGCGGGAAAAUUACGUUUCCAAACGAUUAUAAGAAAUGUCCUGUGUCUAUGUAUCUAUAUCUGUUUUGUAUUUUUUCUGGUUCCAAACCAGAUUCCUGUGGUUCUCUACUAAUAAUUUUUGAUAUAACCUUUUGCUUCUUAUAAUGAGUGCGAUAUAUGUUGUCGAAGCUAUGUUCUCCAAGAAUUAAAAUUGAAGUGAGAAUUUAAAAAAGAAAAUAAAGAAAUUUAGAAAAAAAACAACAACAACAGUCUACUCGCUUUGAGAAUAUCACCUGUGCUGUUUUAGAAAUGUUUUUACACGAGUGCUACGGACCUGCGCCUGAAAAGCGCACGACACUUCCAGGACAUUCUGUGGAGAGGACACAAAUAAAACUUCUCUUGCUCAUGAUGUGUAUGGAGCCGUGCAAGUCAUGACACACAAAGAGAAAUCAAAAGCACUUUUAAUAUAGCCUUUCAAAUACACUCCUGUUUGUUUCGUCUUGAACUUCUCUUCUUUCUUCGAUGUUUUGUUGGGUUUGGUUGGGUUUAUUUUUUGGGGGGGGUCUUCAGCUGGGUUAUGUCAUGAUGCUUUCCAGCGAGAUCAGCUGGGCAGGGGGCUGAGAUGGUCACUGCAGUGUUGAAACAGACAGGCAGUGCUGCCUUGCUGGCGUUUGGAAGGGUUCAGUCUUGAUUUGGCACGGGGAUGCUCCGAAAGCGCAAAAAAACCGAACAACCGGAGAUAAGGAAGGCCCGUGUUCCUUAUGCCAAAUCCCCAAACAAGAUAAACCAAAUACCGUCUGACUCUGUGUUCGUGCUAUUGCGGAAGGCCACAAUAAAGAUCUUCAAGGCUGUAUUAACACGAGGCCUCCCCCCAGUAUUCUCGAACACGGCUUUCUAUCUAAAGAGUCAUACCCAAGAAUAUGUAGGUAUUUUAUUUAAAAUGUCGCUGUUUUGGGAUUUCACAUACUGCAACUUUUAGCGAGUGGGUAUGUUUAUAAUGCAAGUCCACAGACACGCAUAGGCGCAAAAGCCGUUGCACAUCAGGAGAAUGCGUUUCUCUGGUUGCUUAUAGUUACUGGUGCAUCUCUCUGAAGCUGUUUCAGCGCAUUAAUGUUUUAUAGUUUCCCAGACAGCACUGUAAGAAUACGCUCCAUCAAGGGAGCUUUUUCCGAACGUAUUAAUAAAGCUGGGUCUUUAAAUAUCAAACCCCGCACAAAACAGACGAAGUAACAUUCUUAAACGUUAUUAAUCUCCUUUUAAUUUAAUACUAAAAGCGCUUUAAUAUAUAUAUAAGCAAGAUCCUUCUACCUUUUUUAAUAUUUCAGCUGCAGAAUUACAGCAGCUACAACAGAUAGGUUGCCCUACUCAGAAAUUGUGUAUUGUGACUUGUAGUAGGUCGAUUUCAAUGCUGAAUGUGAUAUGUUGUAACCAAGGGUGAGCUGAAACCACAGCCAGAAACAAUGUGAAGUAAUGGUAGCAGGAAAAAAAAUCUAAUUAAAAUAUGUGGGGAUGCAC